AAUCGUGUGAAAUAAACAAUGGCGACUGGUAUACCGGUAUUGCUAAUGUAUUUUUACAAUCGAUUUUAAUUUCAAGUAAGACCAAUGUAUUUCAUUUAUAAUGUCAAAGCAAGGAAAAAGAAAAAUAACUGUUGAAUUACCGAAAUCAAAAGAUCUAGCCAAUAGACCUAGUGUUUUUGAGCGAUUGGGAACUAAGAAAACUUCGAGUGCAAAAAAAACAACUGAACAUUGUAGACAGUGGGCACAGCACGGUAAUUGCGCUUACGGUAAAAGUUGCAAAUUUGCAGCUACACACACUUUAAUUAGUCCUUCUAAACAACGAGCUGCUAAUAAAGAUAGUGAAACAAAACGUUUAAUAAAGGACGAUGGAAAAAACAGAUUACAUUCCACUGUGGUAGUGAGAUCGGGCCGUAGCCCUGACGGCGAAAUUGACAACUGGGAUCAAAAUGACCUAGAAUACGCAGAUACAGACGUUCUUGAGAAAAGGAGACAACAGUUGCAACGUGAAUUAGAGUUGCAAUUGAAAAUGGACUCGGGAAAAGACGUGCGUAAGGUUAAAAAAAAAAUGGCUUCCAGCACUUCUUCGUCGAGGAGUUCUAGUUCCUCAAGCAUGACUUCUUCAUCUUCCGAUGGCAGUACCUCAUCAUCUUCCUCAGGAAGAGAUACAAGAAGGAAGGGUAAAAAAGGAAAACUGAAAAGGAAUUCAAGUUCAUCUUCAGAUGGUGAUAUUCCAACUAAAAAGAAAUUAGUUAAAGGUGAUUCUCUCAAACGAGAUAAAAGCAAUACAAAAAAAGGAAAUGUGAAAAAGGAUGACAGACUAUUAAAAAAAAAUGAUGUUACUAAAAAGAAGCCUAUCACAAAACCAGCUUUAACUAAAAAGUCCUUGUCUCCAGGAAAAAAGUCUGGUGGGACACCUCCAAUUAGUUCUAAGAGUGUAACAAAACUCGCAACAAAACAUGGAAAAUCUCCACAAAGACGAGAUAGAAAUAGGAGUACAUCUCCUCAUUCUGUUAGGGAUAGGGAUAAAGAUCGGGAUCGCAUUAAAGAAAAAGAUAGGGAAAAGGAGAGAGAUAAAGAUCGUGAUAAAGAUAGGGAACGUGCUAAAGGUCGUAGUAGGUCUCCCAGAAAAGGAAGAUCUAGGUCUCCUAGACAACAUCCUAAAGAUCCUAGAAAAAAAGAAAGCUCCGACAGAAGUAGACCAGUUUCACCAAAAAAACAAGUUAGGAGAGAUGGUAGUCCAGAGAGGCAUAGAAAAAGAUCAACGAGUCGAGAUCGAGAUAGAGGGCGCGAUCAUAAAGACAGGUCUUUAGAGAGAAGAAAGGAUAAACAUGACGAUAAAGAUAGACAUGAUAGAAAGGAAAGAGGUCGCGAGCGAAACAAAGAUAAUAAAAGAGAUGAUAGUAAGCGAAGGGGGCGUGAUCGAGGUUUAGGUAGUAGAGGAGGAUCUGAUAAGGGUUUAGAAAAGCCUAAUAAGCCUAUGGAGCGUCUUUUGCCUAGACCUGAGGAACGCUUAGCCGCCCUUGCUGCUAUUUCCAACAGAAAUCUUGAAACUGACAAGAAUUCGAACAAUUCAAAGGAGAGACAAGAUACACAUUCUGAUAGGGGUGGAAGGAAACAGGAAAGACUUGAAAGGGACCGUUCCACUAAAAGAGAUAGAUUGGAUAGUAUGGAUAGGGAACAAGGUGAUUAUGAAAUUGGUAUGGACCGUCAGUAUGAUAAUGAACAUAAUAUUGAACAGUAUGAUAGAGUAGACGAAAGAUAUGAUGGUCCAAGAGAAGAUGAACGAUCACCAGGUUAUGGUAUACAAAACAGAGAUAGGCACUAUGACCCUGGGUAUGAUAUGCCUGGACCACCCAGAGGCUAUCCAGAGGAUGACGACCGGAUGUACAAUGAUCAUAUGGGUGAUCAUCGAGGUGUGGAAAUGGGUUACGAUGAACGUCGCCCGCAUCGUGAUCAUUCAUGGGAGGGCCGAUCAGCGUCACUGGAUCGUGAAAGGUAUAUGCAUUCGCACAAAGAGUGGGAGAAUGACGAUUACCGCCCUGCUGGUGAAUGGGGUAGAGAACGCCAUUGGCCUAUGCGUGAACAGAUGAAUGAAUGGGGUGAUAAAGAAGCCGAGAUGGAUGGCUGGCAUCAUAGAGGUCACCCGCCUGGUGGAUCUCAUCGUGGACGGAUGCAUGAUGAGUAUGGUGGGCGAAUGCGGAUGGAUAUUGGUAGAGGUGAUAGUAACAAAAGACGGUUGCCUAGAAUUGAACAAGAGCCUCCGGCUAAAGAAACUCCACCACCCAUUGCACAACCAGCUGCUGCAUCAGCCCGACAGGAAACUGAAAAUGACGAUAAACCCAUACCUGAUGAUCUUAGUGAAAUUAGCGAUGAUCCAGAUGAUAUACUCGAAAGAGAGGAUAUGGUUGAUCAAAGCAUUGACGAUGACAGUCAAACCGCAGCAACACAUGAUGAUACUGUAUCUAAACUUGAAACCUCUGAAAAGGAAUCAACACAGGAUACAAGUGCUGCAGAAGAAAAAGAGUCUCAAGAUGCUAAAGAUGAUGAUGAUGUUACCAAUAUGGACUUUGAAGAAAUAUCAGAUGGGGAAUUAGAAGAAGAGCGAACUCGAGCUGGUUUAGGAGAUGCCUUGGGAGUUGAUUGGGCAAGUCUUGUUGCGGAUGUACGACGUCGUGAGCAAACGACCCCCUCAGGUGGUGCUCGGGACCGUUGGAGACCAGAGCGAGUUCUUGCGCGGCUUGGCUUAUCUUUUCAUAUGGCUGGCAAGGAUACUGUGCAAGAUAUUUUACACAAAAAUGCAGAUACUGUACAAUUAGACGAAAAACUUGCAGAACCAAACUCUACAGGAAUUUCAGAAAAAGGUCAAGCGGAACAAAAUGGCAAUAAUGACAUGGAUGAUGAACAGAAAGCAAAAUCUUCAUUGGAUGUAAAUUCGUUACAUCCUGUGGCUGCUAUUCAGGUUGCUAUAGAAAAAAGAAAACGCCAACGAGCUAUGCUAUUUGGCUCUGGAUGUGAAAUUACACGUGGACUGAGUGCAAGAGGUGAUUUGGCAUUGCGCCGAUAUCUAUGUAAUUUACCAGCAUCGGAACGGACAGGACAAUCGCGUGUCACACCGCAACCUUCCUUAUUUCACGCUGCUCGCGCCUUAUUGAUGCAAGCACCUGUCACUGGCUGACGAAGACACUGAAUCCAGACACUGUCUGGAUGAAGCUGUAGUUAUUUUUAUGUGGCAUACAUUGAGAAAUUUUACAGAAAUAUGGAGUGUCAAAUUAUUGAUAUUGUGAUAGAUCAACGAACAUAUAAACUCAUUUAAAAUCAGAACUAAAAUCGUGCUGGAGUGAUUGGUUUGAUUUGAAGUUGUGAAACAUUUACUGUGCUUCAGUUGGUAUAUUAUUAUGUGGCCAAGUAGGUUUAACUUCAUAUAAAAGCAGUGUGAACUAAAUCUAGUUAUAUAUGUAUAAUAAUGUAGUGGUUGUUGUCUGAUAUUUAACCUCUAAGUAUAGUAUUGUUUCUUUUUAACAGUUCAUUAUUUACUGUAAUUGCAAUUUUUUUCUGUAUUUUUAGUAUUAAAACUUGUAAUAUUUAUCACAAAUGUUAAUUAAAUGCA